GAAAAAGGAUUAUUACAUUAGUGCAAGUUGGUUAAAUUUAAGUGUUUUGAUAAGUGUUUUAAAGUGUUUUGGUAGUAAUGUAAAGCCUAUCUUGUUAGAGGAUGGAGAUGAAUAAUGACCUUAGUGACAAUGAAGAAAUGAGGGAAUUUUUAAGAAAAAGGGGUAUUAGAGAAAUGCACUUAUUAAAAAUGGAGAAUGAAAAGAUUGGCCCAGAUGUGAUUUUUCAUCUGACUGAUUCGCAGUUAGAGGAAUUUAUACCAAGAUUAGGCGACAGAAUUGCCCUUAGACAAUUUCUAAAAUUAAAAACAAAUUGUGAGGUUCCAAACUCCACGAGAAAGAAACAGCUUAUAGAUAGACUUCGUCAAAAGCUAGAAACCAAAAGCUGUUUAGGGCAAAAUGAUAUUGAAGGCAUGUCAAUUAAAAAAAAGAAAACAGGACCUCAUUACCAAGACGAAAAACAAAUAAUAUUGGGCUGGAUAUGUCGAAUGAACGGCGAAUCUAAAUUUAAACAAGUGAGAGAAAGGGGGGGUGGAGGGGCGAGAAAAAUUAAAGUUCCCAAACUGGCGAACAAGGAGUAUCUUCAAAGAAAAGGAGUUGAACUGUUUUUUCCCGAUGGAAAAUCUCCCAAAGGAGCAUUAGUGGAUUUUGAUAUUGACUUGCUUGAUUUUAAAAACAAUAAAAUUGACGAAGUUACCACUGUGGAAAAUUUGUUAGAAAGCACGGGUUUGUCAGUCUUACGAUUCUAUUUAGCAACCACCCAAAAAACUGAUAUAGAUGAAGAAUCGGAUGAAGAACGAGUAUCUUUGGAAAAAAGUUCAUUAUUGGUAAAUGAUCAUCUGGUGUUAAACAAAAAUCCAAACCUUCAACAAGACGAUAAGAAUGAAGAACGAUAUGGUCCAUUUGAAACCUUGGAUGAUGAUGUGGUCACUACUGAAUAUUCAAAUUACCAUGUGGUUUUGGAAAAUGAUUCUGACGAUUAUUUCUUGGAUGCCCGAUCUUUGCCAGACAAAACCACUCAAGAUAGUCUGAAUGAGCUUAUUAACAGUCUCCUUGAUAAGAACGAAACUGUGUCUCAAAUAACAACAAAUGUUCCUGUUAAUAAUCUUGAUGAAAAUGAAAGUUUUCUUCACAUGCAAAACGAUUCUGUAAUACCAGACAGAUUAAUUGAAAAUGCAGAGUACCAAUCAGAAGAGGAAUUUAAAUCAGUUAAGGAUGUUUUAAAAACCUUACAGCAAAAGAUCAAUUUUGAAGAAAUGAACAAGUUCAAUAUAUUUCGCAAUGAUAUUUUCCAGUGUUGUGUGAGGGCUAUGAGGCGUAAAACAUUUGAUCCUUUUAACAAGAUAUCUGUCAAAUUUAGCGAUUAUGAGGGAAAUUCUGAGGGGGCUGUGGACGAGGGAGGCCCGACCAGAGAAAUGUUUCGUUUAGCAUUAGAAUACUUAAAAGAUAGUGAAAUGUUUGUUGGGCAAAAGAGAAGGCACAUAACUCUUAACCAUAGAUGCCUCGAAAAAAACUUUUAUUUUGAAGCUGGAAGGCUAAUGGCCUUGUCAUUAGUGCAUGGUGGUCCAGGGCCACAUUUUUUUUCACCAACAUUGUUUUCUUUAAUGUUUUAUGGGCAUGAAAAUACUACACCUACAUUGGAUGAUGUGGAAGAAGAAAUUCGGAGCAAAUUAGCUAAAUUAGAAGAAUUAGUAGAACUUUCGGAUUUGCAAGAAUUUGUUAUAACUGAAAAUAUCUUUUCCAUUGCUGGUUUCCACUACAUUACAAAUUUGGAUGAAAAAAGUACAAUUGUAGCAGGUACACUAAAAUUUUUUGCUUUCAAACGUGUUGAAACAGCUAUAAAUCAGUUCAUCGAAGGAAUAAAGACUUGCAAUAUUUAUGAAUACAUUAGACUUUAUCCACAUUUAUUCCAAUAUUUAUUCUGCGAAGAGAAAUUACAGUUAACUGCGGAUGAUUUGGAAAAUAUUUUUGUAAUCAAAUAUAGUCCAAUGGGUUCCAAUAAACGUUUGUUAGAAAAUCGAGCAGUGUCUUACUUCAGGGACUACCUGGUCGACUGUGAGGAAAACCUAAUGGAUUUAAAUGAUCCUGAGCGGAUCGUAGAUGAGGACGUCGAGACUUCUGUCAGUUUAACCGAUAUUUUAGUAUUCGGUACUGGGGCUGAUGUUGUUCCACCUUUGGGGUUUCCGCAAAUACCAAAAAUACUAUUUUUACAUAAUGAAACUACAACGGCAUAUAAAUAUCCCAUGGCAAAUACAUGUGCCCUUGAAUUUAAGUUACCAACUUGUCAUGGAAGUUACGAGGAUUUCAAGGCCAACAUGAAUUUUGGAAUUGCAAACUGCAAAAGCUUCGGUUUUGCGUAAAAUAAAA